AUGAAUGCAAAAGUUAUUGUUGCUUUGAUUUUAUCAAUUAUUUUAUGGGUUGCUUUAGUUAUUACACCUUGGUACUGGUUCAGAGAUGGAGAUGAUUAUGCUAAUUUCUAUAAAUAUAAUGGAUUUUCCUUUAAUGGAAAUUUCUAUAAAUUUACUGAAUUUCAAAAAGGUAUUUAUAAAAAUCAAAUUCAAAUCUUCAGUGCAUCUCUUGCUUUUGCAGUAUUAGCAUUAGUUGUUGUUACUAUUUUUGCUUUACUUGUAAUUUUACAACUCGCUGGCAUCUUAUCAAAAUUCCCAGGGGCUUCUUUGGCUAAAUUUAUCCCAAUCAUUUCAUUGAUAUUUUGUUUACUUUCAAUGUUCAUUUUCUGUGGUGUUACUGAAGCUAGAAAGAGAGAUUGUAAAAUAUACCCUAGUAGUUUUAUGUGUGCCGAUAAAGUUAAAAAUAAUUUUAUGGGUAGCUAUAAUGGUUUGACAUGGGGUGGAAGUGUUGGAUUUGUUUUUAUAAGUAAGAAUAACAUAGAAUACAAUGAAGAGUUAUAUGAAUUAGAAGACUUGUUACAAAAGGAUUUAAAUUUUGAAUCAGUUUUAAAUAAUGCAAAUAUAUAUAGUGAGGGAUAUAUCGAAGCACCAUUAUCGAUUAAUAUAAAUGAAAUUGGUUAUAUGUCAUUCCCGUGCUACAGCGAACAGUUAAAAGAGGUCAUCAGUAGAUUUGGUCAAGAAGAGACAACAAAUAUUGGUAAAAUUUGGAAAAUUACACCUAAUAAUUUUAAAAUAGAUUCAAAAACAUGGAGCUCAGUAUUUACUCAAAUAUCAAAUAAUGUUGUAAAGGCCCUAGGCAUACCAAACUCAAACAAUCAAAGAAUUGAAUUUGUCAAUGAAAAGCUUUUAAUAUUAGAAAGUGGAUCGUUCUUUUUGCCACACAAAAAAGAUAAUAAUAGUAACUCAAACUAUAAUGAUGAUGCUCAAUUUGCCCAAUUAUUUUUAAUAUUACCAACAAAUAGUAAAGGAGGUGACUUAAAAAUAAUUUAUAAUUCAAACACCACCAUUGUUCCAUUAGAAAAUAAUACAGGCUCAACUAUUAAAUUUGUAUCAUUUUAUAAUGAUUGCAUAGUUGAAAGUGAACCAAUUACAGAGGGUUAUAGGGUUGCAUUGGUAUAUAGUGUAAUAGAUAAAUUACAUAAUAAUACUAAUAACAAUAGUGGUAUGAUGGAUACAAAUGAAGAUUCAAAUCAGCAACCAGCAAUAGUAUCUAAUAUAUCAGUAAAAAGUUUAGAACAAAAUAAAUUAGAUUACCAAGUAAAUAUUCAAAGUAUUGCAAAAGAAUUAAAUAAGAUGUAUUCAAGAGAAAAGGGAUUAAAGUUUAUUUAUAUCUUAGAAAACACCUAUGACUACGGUGUAGGAAAUCCAAUAACAGCUAAUGAGCUGUGUGAUGGCCAUGAUAGAUUGGUAGCAGAGAAAUUAAGAAGUAUCACUCAACUAUAUGAUUACAAUGUAUAUUUGGCAACUUUAGAUAUUAUGCGCGAAUCAACAACUUCAUCAACAUCAGAUAAUACUAUGAACAGCGAAUGCAAUGACGAGUAUGAAUUAAAAUUGGUUAAUCUUUUAGAUUUAGAGACCAAUAUCUUUUGGAGCGAAAUGGAGUUAUCAGCUUUAGAGAACUUUGAAGAACUUUUACCAGUAGAAUCGCUAUACUCAAGAGAAUAUUAUAAAAGAACUGUCCCAAGAAAAGAAAAUGACACCAUAAUUCAAAAGUUUUAUUAUACUCUUACUUCGUUGGUGAUUUUUAAGAAAUCAGAAAAGUCAAAUAUAAUAGAAAAGUUUUGCACAAAAUAUGACUUGAAACAAAAAGAAUUAGAAAGAUUAAAAUAG